GGAUCCUUCGCGGAGGAAGGGCGGGCAGGCAGGCAUGGCCCUGAACAGCGGGAGGAACCCCUUCGAGGACGACCCGGGGAAUCCCUUCCAGGACCCUGCCAUCGUACAGCGCAGACCGAGCUCGGAGUACGCUACCCUGGAUGUCUAUAAUCCUUUUGACAGCGCAGGGCUUCAGUGUCAAGCCGGGUUCCCUAUUCCCUCUAAGAAGAACGGGGAACUUGCGGCCCUCUUGCAGUUUGCUGGACUCCAGCUCCUAUCAGCCCCAGCCAAUAAUGCCAGUGGACCUCCUGCGUACCAAGCAGAUGCUCUGCCGUUCCCCCUCCGUACGAGCCCCCAGCCUCAGCUCAGACAGUCCCACUGCCGCCACCCCCUGCCUACCAGCCCACCAAGAAGCCAAGCCCCACCGAGCCCAGGAAUUACGGCUCCUAUGGCACUCAGGAGUCAGCUGCAGGAGCCACCGCCGAUCUGUUAAAACGGCAAGAAGAGCUGAACCGCAAAGCCACGGAGUUGGACCGCCGGGAGCGAGAACUGCAGAACGCGGCUUUGGGCCACGGAGCAGCCCGUCAGAACAACUGGCCGCCGUUGCCGUCCUUCUGCCCUGUGAAGCCUUGCUUCUAUCAGGAUAUCCCCGUGGAGAUCCCCGUGGAGUCGCAGAAAACCGUCACUGCCAUGUACUACCUCUGGAUGGCCAGCACUGUGACCCUCUUCUUCAACUUCCUGGCAUCGCUGGCCUGGUUCUGUGUGGACGACACGGGCGGCUCAGGCUUUGGCCUUUCCAUCCUGUGGGCCUUGCUGUUUGCACCCUGCUCCUUCCUCUGCUGGUAUCGCCCCCUGUACAAGGCCUUCAGGAGCGACAGCUCUUUCAACUUCUUCGUCUUCUUCUUCAUCUUCUUUGCACAGGAUGUGGUCUUUGUUCUCCAGGCCAUUGGCAUCCCAGGCUGGGGGUUCAGUGGUUGGAUCCUGAGCUUCAAAGCACUGAAGAAGAACACAGGAGUGGCUAUCCUCACGCUGCUGGUGGCCUCCCUCUUCACGGCUAUCGCCGGGCUGGGCAUCCUCAUGCUGAAGCGAAUCCACUCCCUCUACCGUCGCACGGGCGCCAGCUUCCAGAAAGCGCAGGAAGAGUUCGCCACCGGCGUUUUCUCCAAUCAAGCGGUGCGCACGGCGGCUGCCAAUGUAGCCACCGGGGCGGCAAGUGGCGCUUUCCGGCCCUCGUAAGGAGAAGGGCGCAUGCGCGUGCACAGCUGUGCUAGAAAUCAGCCGCUCCUCUUCCUCCGGCUGCUUCCCACCCGGGGGGGGGCAGCUUCAGCUGAAAAACCAAGGUGCACUUUCUCUGUCCUUGGAAGUCCUUUGUUGCGUGCUGGUUUUAGAAGGCUGUGCUUCCCUCCUCCUCCCUCCCCCCCCCCGGGUCAGCGUGGAAUUGGCACUGCUGCAACCUGUGGCAAAGAGGUCUUGCCUCUUCACCCUGGAACCGGAGAUGCAGAAGAGAAUGCCUUUGUCUCAUCUUCACCCCCAAAUGAUGUGUGGAGGGUGGAGGCCUUGUCAUAUGCCUUGCGGUGAUUGACGUUUCUUUUCCCUGGAGUCUCUUCACACUCGCACUGCCCACCUCCUUUAGCUCAGCCCAGGUGGGGAGUGGCACACAGACCUUAUUCUCCUUCUCCGACCCCCCCGACCCCCUAAUCUCCUUUGUCACCCAAUUUCUUCAUUAGCACUGCAACAGCAGGCAGCUCCCGCAGUUCUCUCUCUCUCCCUACCGUGCUUCCUGAUUGGUUGUCUCCUCUAUUAAGUGGCAGGGGACUCGCCUGCAUUUUAAUGUUGGCCCCGCAGGUGGGAAAUUGAGCCGGUCUACCCUUCUCUCCCCACUCCCUCCCUGGCACACUGGCAAGGAAAUGGUGACCAGUUGAAUAGUGCCUCGUCAACGCGGCUGUUCACAGAUGCAGCAGCCUUGCCUGGACGAAGCGUGGCAGGCCGCUGAUAGUUCUGCCUACUUGAGAGAGGGACAGGAAAUAAAAUUUGUUGCACUGUGGCCUGCUUCUCUACUACCCCCCCACUAAAAAAAAAUGGAUUUUUCCUUGUGUAAGGUAGAACUUUCAGCUGGGGCCAUUUCCUUCUGUCUGUGCCAGAUGUGUAGCUAAGGGCACAACCCUGCCUCCUCCUCCCCCCCCCUCGGUUAAUUGCACUCUUGUUUCUUCAUUGGCUUUCCUCUCUUGUGCUUGCUCUAUUACCUUUCUGCAAAAAAGCAAAGGAAAAAAACGGCUGUGGCAGUGAAAGGUACAGCCCUCCGCCUCCUGGUGCAGAGGGAUGUUCCAUGGACCUGUGUCUGUGUGUGAGAGAGAGAGACCACAUUAACACCAUACAUGUAUUCCUCUUUAAACAGUCAUGGCUUCCCCCAAAUAACCCUGGGAAGUGUAGUUUGUGACAGGUUCUGAGAGAUGUCAGGAGACCCCCCUAUAUUCCCCUCACAGAGCCACAUUUCCCAGAGUCCCCUGGCUAGAGGGAUUGACUGUUAAACCACUGAGGGAACGGCACCUCUGUGCGGGGAAUCUCCUCACAACUCUUAGCACCCUUCACAAACCCCAUUUCCCGGCUUUCUUUUGGGUUGAAGCAGUGACUGUUUUCAAGUGGAAUAGAUGUAUGGUGUGGGUGUGGACGGGGUCUGGGCAGAAGAGGUGCUUGGCUCUUUCUGCUCUGCCCUUGUCACUGUUCUCUGAACAGCUGUGUCUCUGGAUGGGCUCCCAUUUUAGGCUCUCCCUCCGCAAAAAGGUAGGGUGUUCCUGCCAGUGCUGGCCACUGGAGGGCAGUGUUGGCCUAUGCGGUCAGCUGUUUUAUUUUUAGGAAAGACUAAUACUGGGCGUGUGCACGCUGCGGUGCUGAACUCUUGGGGUUGGUGCCAGAACCCUCUCUGGAAGCUGUUGCCCCCUCAACGGCCUGGGAGAGGGGUCUGUGCCUCUGAUCUGCACCCCCCCAACUUUGCAUAUCAUUGGGGGUUUGACCAGAACAGCCUGUCUUCGUCUUCUGUGCAGUGCAUCUUUCCUUUUUUAAAAGUGGGGGGGGUUUUGCUGACAGCUAUGAUUCCUGCUCUCUCCCCACCCCUGUUGCCAUGGGUUAUCUGCUAUCUCUCCCUUCCCUUCCCCGGGUUGAUUGUAGUCUUUUGUGAUUGGCUUUUCCUCCCCUGCCUGCUCCUUUAUCCUUCUGCCUUUCUGCAAAAUGAAAAGGAAACAAGAAGUUUGGUGGUUGUAAAAGACAUAAUCAUCUGCCUCCUGGCGCAGAGGAAUGCUUUGUGUACGGGUGUGUUUGGAGAGGCACCCUUCCCAACCCAUGCCAGAACUCUGUUCCUUCUCCAUCCCCAAUCUUUGGGAGAGCGCCUGGGUCCCUAAAGCUGCUGUAGACUGCAGCUACCUCCGGCUCUCUGAAUUCCACUGAACUGUGGUAUCCUUUUCUUCCGGCCUAGCUCCUACGUAUUUACGCACACCUCCAGACUCUGCUUAUCUUCCUGGAGCGUAGCUUAAAAGGAGAAGGUUGAGGGUGUGAGGCACAGCUAUGUCCCCUUUCUGCUGUGCUUCAGGGGCUUAGUUUGUGGCCUUAUAUUCUCUGAUUAGCAAAACGGUUCUCCUGACCUUUUCCCCCCUGGUCCCAUUUCACAUCUGUCUCCCUGCUUGUGCUGCUGCCCCUGCUGGUUCCAGGUUUCACCCUAGCCCAGAGGGUUUCCUCUCCUCUGUGGCACAUUCCGUUUGUUUGAUGUUGAAAGGUCACCUCCCCGCCCUUCUCCUUUCCUGCAUCCAGUUACCUGAUCUGUACUUCACAUCCACUAUUUUCCUGACUCAUUUUAGGCUCUUCCUCUCCCUGUUUGGACUUUCUUCUCCUUGUAUGUAUGUGUGUGACCGUGGUUCUUCUUCCACCCUAAUUUUUUUUAAAAAUUUUGCCAUGCCAAAUGCAAGAUGACUUGUGGAACUUUAUUUAAGGAAUAAACUACAUUUUAACUC